AUGCGGCAACCUUCCCUUUGCUAUCGCGAGGUUUCGUCUUCCCGGAAGCACUGGAGGAUCGUCCUCGGGAACGGCGUCGGGAUGUGUGGGGGCUGUGUGGAGAAGGAGUAUCCCAACCGGGGUAACAUCUGCCUGGAGAAUGGAUCUUUCUUGCUGAACUUUACAGGCUGUGCAGUGUGCAGUAAGCGGGAUUUUAUGCUGAUCACAAACAAAUCUUUGAAAGAGGAAGAUGGAGAAGAAAUAGUUACCUACGAUCAUCUGUGUAAGAAUUGUCAUCACGUAAUAGCCAGGCAUGAGUACACAUUCAGUAUCAUGGAUGAAUUUCAGGAGUACACCAUGCUGUGUCUGUUAUGUGGCAAAGCUGAAGACUCUAUCAGUAUUCUCCCUGAUGACCCUCGACAAAUGACUCUGUUAUUCUAGGAUCCUUCUGCAGUUCUGUAGUAACUAUGUUGUAUCGGUUCACAAUACAGCAAGCCUCAUGGUUUGUCUUACUUUGUUUAUAA